AUCGCGCGCUGUUUCCGCCUCCCGCGAGGCUCCGCCCCUGGAACCGGAGCGCCCCCGGCCGGGGCUGGGCGGGUUCCCGUCGCUGUGGGGAUGGCGGAGGGAGGUAGCGUCCGAGCUCGCGAGUAUCUGUGUGAAAGCUGAACGGCCUUGGGGUCCGCUGUGCAGUCAAAUAGUGCUGCCUUUCCGCGAAGUAAACCACGAUAACAUUUUCAAGAUGGAAAGUCCUUCGGACUCAGCUGUGAUUUUACCUCGCACUCCACAGGGCUGUGCCAGUCUACCAUCUCCCCAUACAAGUAGUUCAAGAAAGCAACCUAUGAGUGCAACACUUAGAGAACGGUUGAGGAAAACUAGAUUUUCAUUCAAUGCCUGUUACAGUGUGGUAAAACGUCUUAAAGUAGAGAAUGAAGAAAACGAUCAGACCUUUCCAGAGAAAGCAUCAUGUUCAACAGAAGAAAAUUGUUUGGAAUUUCAAGAUAAUUUUGAGCACAUAGACAGUGAAUUUGAAGAAAGUUCAUAUUUGAAAAAUACCAUCAAGAAUAUCAAUGCAUGUGAAUCUAAAUCACUUGAUACUGGCUCUUGCAGUGAUCUCCAGAAUGACUUUGAUGAGAAUCUUCCCCCAAAUGGAUUAAAUGAAGAAAAGGCAAAAUUGGUGAAACAGAUUCAGGAGAAAGAAGACCUUCUUAGGAGGCUAAAACUAGUCAAAAUGUAUAGAUCAAAGAAUGACCUGUCUCAGUUACAGUUGUUAAUAAAGAAGUGGAGAAGCUGUAGUCAACUGUUGCUUCAUGAGUUGCAGUCAGCUAUGUCUGAGGAGAACAAGAAACUCAGCCUUACUCAGUUGAUAGACUACUAUGGAUUAGAUGAUAAAUUAUUACACUACAACAGAAAUGAAGAAGAAUUUAUAGGUGUUUAAUUACUAAUUUUUUCUCCAGAAUAUCUUUGAGGAUGACAACUUAAAAAAUACUUACACAUUUUAAAGGGAAGAUGUAAACCAUUAGGGCUUAAAAGAAGAUAUCUUAAUGAACAUCAAUUGAGGGUACUCUGUUAGAUAAAUAUGUAAGUUCUAAAAUGAAAAUUUAGUAUUUUGGAUAAUCUGUCAAAAAAUGUGACAUUUAAAGAUAUGUGAAAAAAAUUUAUAUCAUGUUUUAAAACAUAAUUUGGGCAGUUUUGGAAGUCAGUUAUAUAUUGUUUUGUUUAUUAUAAAAAUGUUUUAUUUUAAAUGUUAAAAAGUAGUUCAGUCUGCUGAAUGACUAAACCUAAACUGGUCUAAAAUGCCUGCCUGUCUCCUUAGUUAUGAACCUUGUUUUCAUCAAUUUACCACAUAUUUCCAUCUGUAUGGUCUAUUAGGUAAUUACUAGUAAAUUCAUAUGUCCAAAAUUA